AUGAGCUACGAUACUUUGAAGAAGAAAAUUAGUGAUAAAUUGCAGCUACAAGCAAAUCAAAUUGUUUCUUGCUUGACGUUGAGAUUUCUUGUAUCUGGGGACCAAUACACUGGUGUAGAAAUUGCUGAUGAUGAUGAUAUUGAACUCAUGAUCAGUGCGCUUCAGCAGCAGCCUCGUAUGAGAGUGCUUGAGCUAUAUGUCGAGAUCAACUCCGUUGGAAGCUCUUUGUUACCAAUUCGGUCGUUGGAUAUUAAUAUUCAACCGUUUUCUAGUAAUGAUGAUAGAUUUGGCUCAUCGUCUGAAGCCGCACCAAUUCACCGUCUGAAUACAUCUCGGGAAGAUAACGAUGAUGCUUGGAAUAUGGAUAGUAAUGAGGAUGGUGAAGACGACGGCGAAGGUCAAAUUCCUGAUGGUAAUUCAUCUAAUACUGACAUGGAGGAUGAUUUCGAUGUUGAUCUUGUUCCGCAUGACUCCCCAACCACUCUUAAUAUUGCUUCUCCAGUUGCAUCUUUUGGACUUGUUAGUGAACGUACACAUCAGGUGGAAGGUCAAACUCAUACUCCAUUUUGGAAUGAAAGUCCACAUUAUACAUAUAUUAAUUGGGAUCACCCUGAUCAAGAGAGGGAUAUUCCUGAUGGGGACGUGGAGGGUUCUUGGCAGAUAGGAGAUGAAUUAUUUGUUAAGCAAGAAUUCGAGGAUAAGCAAGCUGUGCAGAUGGCAAUAAAAUAUCAUUGUAUGAAAGUACAUCAGACAGCUUUUGUGGCUGAAAGCAAUAGAAAUUUAUUGUACAUGAAAUGUCAAAAUUAUGCAAAUGGUUGCCCAUGGAGGGUGAGAGCAAUGUUGCCAAAAUAUGGAAAUAGGUGGAUCAUCACCAGAUGGGGUGGUCGUCAUACUUGUGUGAACCCCUAUCGUUCCCAAGAUCAUAAACAACUUGAUUCUAAUUUUAUAUGCUCAUGCAUACUAGGUAUGAUGGCCUUUUAUUUAAACACUUGUGUUAGUUGA